CAUCCCUUCUAUGCAAGUGUAAAGAAAGGGCGCUUAAUUUGUAACCAAACUGAUAGCCUAUCCCACUGAUCACAAUCAGAGGCAUCCUAUAGCAGCAGAGAACAAGCGCAAACCGAUAGGUUGUUGCUGUAAGAUGGCUAGCUGUAGAAUAUUAGCAGCGGCGGUUCUGCUGGGUCUGUGCGUCGCACAGGCUUCGGCUUUUUAUUCGGCGAAUGGGCCCGUCGUGGAGCUGACCGCCAGCAACAUUAAGUCCAAGGUUAAGAGCGCCGGAAUCAUGAUGGUGGAGUUCUAUGCCCCAUGGUGUGGGCACUGUAAGGCCCUGAAGCCUGCCUGGGAGCAGGCAGCUAAGGCCCUUAAAGGCAUUGUUGCCGUGGGCGCCAUUGACACAGAUGCUCACAAGGAGGUGGGCGGCGAAUACCGCAUCCAGGGCUUCCCCACCAUCAAGCUGCUGUACGUAGAUGAUGCCAGCGGUGCCAUCAAGUCGGUUGACUACAACGGCGGACGCAGCGCCAAGGAGCUCGUGACCUUCGCCCUGGACAAGGCUAAGUCCCUAGCCAUGAAGCGCCUGGGCGAGAAGGAUUCCGGAUCCUCUUCAGGCUCACGAUCUGGGUCAGCUGGAUCUGGUUCCGGAGCCGGUAGCGAUGGCGGUUUCUACGCCGGUACGAGUGUCGUGACGCUAACCGCCGAUAACUUCCGUACGGAGGUGGUCAAGAGCAAGGAUCUGUGGCUUGUGGAGAUGUACGCGCCGUGGUGCGGGCACUGCAAGGCGCUGAAGCCCGCUUGGAUCGAGGCGGCUUCGGAGCUGUCAGGAAAGGUCAAGAUUGGUGCCGUUGACUGUACGGCACACCAGUCCGUUUGCAACGAGUACGGCGUGCAGGGCUACCCCACCAUCAAGUUCUUCGGCCCCGACAAGCGCUCCCCCGAGGAUUACAACGGCGGCAGGGACAGCGGCUCCAUCAUCGCAUUCGCCAACGCACGCUACUCGGAAAUGCUGCCCCCUCCCGAGCCCGUGGAGCUCACCAGCCAGGCGGUGUUUGAGCAGGAGUGCCUGGGCUCAGCAUCUUCCGGCGCCAAGCCCCGGCGGUUGUGUCUCAUCUCCUUCCUGCCCGACCUCAUGGACACCAAGGCAGCAGGCCGCAACCGCUACCUGGGCAUUCUGAAGCGGCUGGGUGAGGCCUACAAGGACAAGCCCUACUCCUACCUGUGGGCUCCGGGCGGCCAGCAGGCGGCGCUGGAGGGCAACUUUGGAGUGGGCGGAUUCGGCUACCCGGCGCUGGUCGCGUUCAACCCCGCCGACAAGAAGUACACGAUCUGCAAGACCGCAUUCGAGUUGUCGCACCUGAAGGACUGGAUGGAGUCCAUGCGCAUGGGCGGGGCGAGCGCGGUGGCGCUGCAGGGCUCGUUGGCUUCCAUCUCCAGCACCGACCCAUGGGACGGUCAGGACGCCCAGGAAGAGGCGGCGGAUGAGUUCAGCUUGGAUGACCUGAAGGACUUGUGAGCGAGGGGUAGGCUGCGCUGCUGUGAGAGCGGGGCAGGAGCAGCUGUGGAGAGGCUUGCAGUGGGUUGUUUGGUGGACGGAAGAGUUAAUUGUUUGAUGGGGGCUGUGGAGGGGAGCAGUUUGUCGCUUGUUGGGUAGAUGGAGGGGACCUAUCUAGGGAAGAAGCAGGGGUCUCAGACGGGAAGGAGAGGAGGUGGGGAGGAGGUAAGGGAUGGCCUGCCUGGUGUGGCGGCUUGUAUAUGCGUGCAUGGAACUGCUUGGGAAGAGGUGAGGUAGUAGCUUGCCGAAGAGAUGUUGAGAAUUGUGGUGAGCAUGGUCCGAACAUCGUGACGGUUUUUAUGCAUGUGCUGUGAGUCAUGAAGCGCCUAAGGAAAC